UCAGUAUUUAAUAAAAAUCUGAUUGAAUCAGUUCGCUUUGAAAAACUUAUAAUAUCAAAAUUUUAAUUGUGCCAUGGAAUUGAUAAGUGUAUCCAUUCUUGUGUUUAUUUCAAUUUUAACACUUUUGUACGCUUAUUUCAAAUACUCGUUCGGAUAUUGGAAAUCAAAAAACGUACCUUACGACGAACCUUCGAUUCCGUUUGGAAACAUAAAGAAUCUUGGCAAAACAAUUCAUUUAACGCAAUUUGCGAAGAACGCGUACGAUAAAUAUAAGCCAACUGGUGCAAAAAUAUGUGGACUUUAUGUUUUUGCCCGUCCAAUGGCACUUAUACUGGAUCUUGAUCUUGUGAAAAGUAUAUUAAUAAAAGAUUUCUCUAACUUUUACGAAAAAGGAUUUUACUACAAUGAAGAAGACGAUCCUUUAUCAGCGCAUUUAUUUUCUUUGGACGGUACCAAAUGGAAGACACUUCGCGCCAAAUUAUCUCCCACAUUUACUUCUGGCAAAAUGAAGUUCAUGUUUCAAACUGUGGUCGAAGUUGGGGAACGGUUUCGUGAUUGUUUAUUUGAUGUCGUUGAACAGAACGACGAGCUAGAAAUCAAAGAUCUAUUAGCUCGUUUUUCGACAGAUGUUAUUGGCACCUGUGCGUUUGGCAUUGAAUGUAACAGUUUAAAAGAUCCAAAUGCGGAGUUCAGGCGAUAUGGUCGUAUAGCGUUUGGUGAGCCCAGAAACAGUUUUCUAAAAUCAGCACUUGUUGGUGGAUUUCAAAAAUUAGCAAAGAAAUUAAAAGUUAAAGUCAUUCGGGAUGAUGUGUCUGAAUUUUUCAUGAACGUUGUACGAGAAACUGUGGAAUUCCGUGAAAAAAACAACGUGAAUAGAAAUGAUUUUAUGGAUAUUUUAAUCAAAUUGAAGAAUCAAGAAACAACCGAUAAAGAUAAAGUGAUUACGUUAAAUGAAGUUGCGGCCCAAGCGUUUGUAUUUUAUCUGGCGGGAUUUGAGACUUCGUCCUCUACGCUUACAUUUUGCCUUUACGAAUUGGCUAUAAAUACAGAAAUUCAAAAUAAAACGCGGAAGGCAGUGCAAGAAGCAUUCGAAAGACACAACGGAAAAUGCACGUAUGAAAUGAUGAUGGAUAUGCCGUAUGUUGAUCAAGUGCUUCAAGAGACAUUAAGAAAGUAUCCAUCGAUUGGAAAUUUGAACAGAAAAGUAGUGCACCAUGAUUAUCGUAUUCCCGGUACACAAACUGUGCUCGAAAAAGGAACACCUAUACUGAUUCCAGCGUACGCAAUUCAACGUGAUGCUGAAUAUUAUCCAAAUCCAGAGAAAUUUGACCCUGAAAGAUUCAACAGUGAAGCGGCCAAAGAACGGAAUCCGAUGUGUUGGCUUCCAUUCGGGGAUGGUCCCAGGAAUUGUAUUGGGCUCCGUUUUGGCAUGAUGCAAGCACGAAUAGGAUUACUUACUUUGUUGAAUAAUUUUGAGUUUUCACUUAGUUCGAAAACACCAAAUCCCUUGCAGUUUGAAGCAAAGCAAUUCAUUUUGGCUCCAGUGGGUGGUGUAUAUUUGAAAUUAAAACCGAUCAAAAUGUAAAAUGUGAAAACUUAUAUAUAAAUAAACUGUUUAAUAGUGUGAGUAAUGUACCAAUUCAUAGAAACUAAA